AUGGCCGACCAACCCGACAACAACCACCCGCCCUCCCCAUCCGAGCCGCAGUCCACCCCGACGCCGGACCCACCCACGGCGACCCCGCCGGCCGCGCCCGCCGCCACCUCCCCCUCCGCAAACCCACCCGUAACCCCGAACCGGCCGCCGCCCGGCCCGAGCCGCUCCACAGCGGCGGCGGCGGCCGCCGCAGCUGCCUCCGGCCUGGGCGCGGCCACGCCGACGCCGGCGGCCACGCCGGACGAGAUCGUCAAUGCCACCCCGCUGCCGCUGACCCCGCUCUCGCACCGGCGCGAGCUGGGCGUCUCGCCCGUGCGCCUGGCGCGCCGCCCGUCGACUUCGCCCGCCGCGUCACAGGGGCGCGCGCCGCAGUCGCCCGCCGACCCCUCGCAGGAGCAGCAGCUCGUCUUGUGGGGAACCACCAUCAACCUGGACGACGCCGAGCGCCGCCUGGCCACAUUCCUCACCACGUUUGCCCUGCCCGACGCGGGCGAGGCUGCCAAGCCGCUGUACAUCGACUUGCUGCAGCACCUCGCAGAGACGGGCGGCGUUGUCGUUAACAUUGAUAUGUCCCACCUGUACCAGGCAGACCCGGGCAUGUACCGCAAGCUCAUCGCAUACCCUAAUGACUUGAUCGCUGUCUUCGACUCUGUCGUGUCCAAGCGCCGCCGCAGCGACUUGCAGGUCCGCACGUUCAACCUGCAGCAGCAGCACGUGCAGUCGAUGCGCGACCUCAACCCGAAGGACAUCUCCACCAUGAUCGCUGUGCGCGGCAUGGUCAUCCGCGCGUCCAACAUCAUCCCGGACAUCCAGCGCGCCAUGUACCGCUGCUCCAAGUGCAGCGCCAUGAAGGACGUCGAGAUCCAGCACGGACGCAUCGAGGAGCCGCGCAUCUGCCCCUCGUGCAACACUCGCGACUCCUUCGCUCUCAUCCACUCGCGCUCCACCUUCGCCGACAAGCAGACAGUGCGCUUGCAGGAGUCACCCGAGGACAUUCCCAAGGGCGAUACCCCCGCUACCUUCACACUCAUCAUGUACGACACCCUCGUCGAUGUUGUUAAGCCCGGCGACCGCGUUGAAGUCACUGGCAUUCUGCGUGCCACUCCUAUCCGCCUCAACGCCAAGAUGCGCACCGUGCGCUCCGUGUACCGCACGUACAUUGAUUGCGACGGCGCCACUGUCAACAUGGGCAAGGAAGCGUACACGGAAGAGCAGAAGCGCGCCCGCCGCGACUACUUUGAAACGCUCGCUUGCCACCCCGCGCUCUACGAACGUCUGGCAAACAGCCUCGCGCCCAGCAUCUUUGGCAUGACAGACGAGAAGAAAGGCGUCCUCCUGCAGCUCUUUGGGGGGUCGAGCAAAUCACAAGCCGGGCAGGCCAACAACGAAACGCUCUCCGACGGUUCGUCCCGGUUCCGCUCCGCUAUCAACGUGCUGCUGGUCGGCGACCCCGGAACGUCGAAAUCGCAGCUCCUGCACUCUGCGCACCGGCUCGCCCCACGCGGCGUGUACACCUCCGGGCGGGGCUCCUCUGCUGUGGGACUGACCGCGUACGUGACGCGGGACCCCGACACGGACGAUUACGUGCUGGAAUCCGGGGCGCUGGUUCUGUCGGACCGGGGCGUAUGCUGCAUCGACGAGUUUGACAAGAUGUCGGAGUUUGCCCGGUCCGUGCUGCAUGAGGCGAUGGAGCAGCAGACGGUGUCAAUCGCCAAGGCCGGGAUUAUUGCGACGCUCAACGCGCGCACGGCGGUGCUGGCGGCGGCCAACCCCGUCAACUCGCGGUACGACACGUCCAAGAGCGUUGUCGACAACAUCGACCUGCCACCAACGCUGCUCUCGAGGUUCGACCUGAUCUACCUAGUGCUCGACGCGCCCGACGCAGACUCGGAUCGCAGGCUCGCACAGCACAUCGUGUCGCUCUUUUUCAAGAAUUACGAAGACGGAAACAACCAAGAAACGACUGCCGACGCGGACAACGAAGAUGCAGACCUCACGCUGACGGAAUACAUGGCGUACGCGCGCGAAAAAGUGGACCCGGUGCUGUCCGAAGAGGCGAGCGAAGCGCUAGUCGCUGGCUACUUGGAAAUGCGGCGCGGCGGGCGGGGAGGGUCCAACAUGACGGCGACACCGCGGCAGCUGGAGUCGCUGAUCCGACUGGCGGAGGCGCACGCACGCAUGCAGCUCAAGGACGAGGUGGACGGAGGCGACGUGGCGGAGGCGAUCCGGCUGGUCAAGUCGGCGUUGCACAUGGCGGCGUUCGACCCGAACACGGGGCGCAUCGACAUGAACCUGUUCGCGGCCGGGAAGAGCCGGGCCGCCGAGGGGAAGACCGAGCUGCUGGGCAAGGUGGUGAUGGACAAGCUGGGCGAGCUCGGCGGCGACGUACGGACGGCAGAGCUGAUGACUAAGCUGCGGGAGAGCUCGGACGCGGAUAUCGCGCCGGGGGAGCUGAGAGAGGCGCUGCGUAGGCUGGUGGAGACGGAGCGGGUCGUGAUGACGGGGGGAGGAAGCUCGGUGCGGAUGAUUUCGUAGCGGUCAGGAAGGUGUGCGUUCUCUUUCUCUCUCUACCACUCUUCUCUGUAUCAAGGCCGUGACCUUGACGUGUUUCAUAAACAGUUGUAAAUUUGGA